AUGCUCAUGAAGGCAAAAGUUAUUAAUCUUAGAAGAGUACCACCAGAAUUACAAGCAACAGCACGUUUAUCAGGUGAUACGGCAUACUGGAAUGAAGUCUUCGAACCGAUUGUCCAAGACCCCCAAUUGUUGCAACGUUUACAGACGACAGUAAUAUGUUGGGCAUCUCAAGAUUUAUCGCGAUUUGAUGGUCAACACAUUUCUUCUUUUCUUGCUGAUUCUUCUUCCUUAUUAAAGGGUUUAGACCGCCACGAAUAUCUUAAUUAUGCAUUAUAUCUUAAUAAUAUACACUGA